CAUCCAUCAACAGUAUCUCGUAACAAGCAUCUAACCUGCCAACCUCCAGCCAAUUCUUCCAGGUUCGAAUAUAACAACUUCUAGACAUGGCUUUCCCUGAUCUGCUGCACCCGCCCUCGCACACAUCGCAGUCCUCCGCUCUCCGCCUCUCACAGGAAGCUCCGCGCAUCCUUGCCAAAGCACCGACAAGCUCUCUCCCAUACCCGCUCUCCCUUCUCUCCUCCUCCGAAACCGAAGAGACAUGGACCAUAUACGAAAACCUCUUCCUCUCAUGUCUAAGGACAGGAGACAAUGUCUCCGCACGGAAAUGCAUCGACCACCUCACAGCCCGGUUCGGCGCGGUCAACGAGCGCAUAAUGGCACUGACGGGCAUAUACAAGGAGGCUGCGGCGGCAGACACGGCAGCUCUAGUGAAGGUACUAGACAAGUACAAUGAGGCAAUCCAAGCAGAUCCAACGAAUAUGCCUGUCCGGAAACGCAAAGUUGCAACCCUCAAAGCUCUCAAUCGCCCUGCGGAUGCCAUUGCUUCUCUUGUAGAGCUCCUCGAUCUCUCGCCCACAGAUGCAGAAGCCUGGUCGGAGCUCUCAGACCUAUACCUUGCACAAAGCAUGUUCUCUCAGGCAAUAUACAGUCUCGAAGAGGUCCUGCUGAUCUUUCCAAAUGCCUGGGCCAUGCAAGCUCGCAUGGGCGAACUCCUCUACCUCUCCUAUCUCUCAUCUCCCGCCGACCCCUCCACGCUCAGCGAAGCUCUGCGCCGGUAUUGUCGCAGUCUUGAGCUUUGUGACGACUAUUUACGCGGCUACUACGGGCUCAAAAUUACAUGUCAGAAGAUUCUUGAAAAUGCACCCAAGACUAGCUCCAAAGCAGUAGCCGCUUCAGAGGACUUACCGCCCCCGAGUCCUGCAAAAGUAGAGAAACUCCACGAAUUGGCAACAAAGAAGCUAGCGGAAAUUGUGCGAAGAGCCAGUCAGCAAGAGCCAGGUUGGGAUGGCUAUGAUGAGGCGGAACUGAUAGCGGCAAGAGCACUACUAGAUAGAGACGCAGAAGUUAUAGUGAGGUGAAAAUACAGAGUGUCAACGAGCUUUGCACCAUACUAGGGAUCAGCACGUUUGCUGUGUGAACGGAGGCGUGUAUUGAAAGAAUUUAGGAAUAGGUGUGCUAUCGUCACUAUGCUAAGGUUGCUAAUGUGCUGAUCUGCUACGUCUAUAUAGAGGCACACCCUAUGCGGACUCCACAAGGUUGAGGAGAGACAAAAAGUGCCGAAAAGGAUGAACAGGAAUGAGAAUGAGGGGAUAUCGCAAACCUCGCUAUGCCAGUGCACCAAAUCAUUUAGUCAUUACCAUGUGCCCAACAGCACCAACUGAUGUAAGCUGGCCCCUAUGUUGGGCGCCAUGCAUACCGCAUGUUUCAAAAUCAUUGCCCAUAUGCCA